AUGACUGAUAUUAUGUUACUAUACUUAUCCAACUACAAUAACCCAGAUUAUUUGAAGGAAAGAGCCAUUCUUGCACCGACAAACGAAAUUGACAGCGAUCUCAACCAAUACAUGAUACAGCAAGUCAAUUCAGAGGAAAAAUAUUACAGAAGUUCAGAUACCAUAUGCAACCAGACUUCAGAUGCAAACAACCAAGAUGUCUUAUAUCCAGUUGAGUUUCUUAAUAGUUUAAAAAUACCGGGAAUUCCAAAUCAUGAACUCAAGUUGAAGGUUGGUGUACCAGUUAUGUUGUUGAGGAACAUCAAUCAGAGUAAGGGUUUGUGCAAUGGUACAAGACUUAUAAUUACCCAACUUGGUAAAUGGUUUGUCGAGGUUGAAAUCAUGACGGGCACAAAUAUUGGACCAUCAGUUCUUAUACCAACGAUAAUUAUGUCCUAA